AUCGAUCCCUUAUUUCGAUUAGGAUAAUACAGGUGGUUGAAUUGAUCAUAACACUGAGAAUAACAGAUUACAAUGCACUUUAUUCCAAUAACUUGUAGACAAGAUAGUUACGCACGGUAGAUUCUAUUUAAAGCAUUGUUAUUGUCGCGUGUUUCCUUUCCUUCGAAGAUUAAAUCCAGUUUGACCUUUAUAUAGUUUGUAUAUAUAAAGCGGAUUUCGAGAUGAAGCAUGUUUUCAAUGAAUUCUUCGCCGGGUAGUGAAGCAUUUACAUCGAAUUUUCGAAACCGAUAAUUGUUGACCCUUAUUGACAAAGUUCAUUUUGUAACGGAUUCUUUUAGAAUUAAGAAUAAUACGGGCAUACUCGAUAAUAAUGGACGCAACAUUCGAACAAACAUUAACACCGGUAGGAGCCACAAAGAAUGAUUCGAAAAUACCAUUCUGGAUAUUUUGGCAGGAGAACGUAAAACCGAAAACUGAUGACACCAAUUCGAACCACCGAUCUGGACAUUGUUGGAGAAAAUAUAGAAAUUCGACAAAAGAUCACAAUUGGGACGAGAUUGAAUCUCCGCAAUUUGUGGAUUUUUUUAAUCCAUCGGAUAUAGGAGAUUCGUUUUUCAACAAAGCAAUUGUAACUACAAGCACGCCAAAUCAGGGUCAUACAAACACAAAACAUCCGAAUAUGGUAGUAGACGAUGAAACGUUGACUGCAUCUCUAAGCAAUUUUUAUUUAUCCGAUAUAACAUUUGAUAAUCAUGAAAGAACAUACGUAAAUCGUGAUGAUUGUCAGGGGCAAAAAGAGAAAGAAAACUAUGUGGUUCAUAAUGCUAGCAAACUGGAGCCUAAAGCUAACGUCAAAGCAUGUAAUAAAGCAAGAAUGAUGCAGAGAAUCGGGGUCGUAUACCCCUUCGCUUUUAAUUUGCAAAAAAAAAAUACGCAAGAGGGAAAACAAGAAAAUAUUAAAAAGAUAUUGAAAGAUGAGAACAAAGCGAAGGGGGUAGACAAAUCAAAUAAUUGCAAUAAGAAAAUGAAGAGGAGUACCGACCUGUGGAAGAAACCACCAUUUGUACCAUAUUUGUCAAAACAGAAAUUACCACCACCAAAAUCUCCACCUUUACGUACAGCGACUCGAGCGCAAGAAAGAAAACGCUUUGACGAAAAUAUGCAGGAGAAAAACAAACAAAAAGAACAAAUGAUACAAAUGGUAAAAAGGGGGAAACGUUUUCCCAUAAUAGAUUUCCAUCCGCAAGCGACCAGUGGUGAGGCGAUCACCACCCAACAAGAGUUCUCCUCUGCGACAGCAUCGUCACCGAACUUCUCUGGUUUCUCAUCAUCAGAUCAGUCAACAUUUUUUCACUGGCUUUACAUUUUUAACUCGGUCAACAUCGCUAGUCACCUCUAUUGACCUAAACGAAAUAGGGGAUCGAUCAUUUCGUGGCGUC